GCGGUGGCGGCAUGGGCAUGGGCAUGGGCAUGGGCGGCGGCGGCAUGGGCAUGGGCGGCGGCGGCAUGGGCAUGGGAGGCUGCGGCGGCAUGGGCAUGGGAGGCUGCGGCGGCAUGGGCAUGGGAGGAUGCGGCGGUAUGGGCAUGGGAGGCUGCGGCGGCAUGGGCAUGGGAGGCUGUGGCGGCAUGGGAGGCUGUGGCGGCAUGGGCUGGGGCGGUGGCUGUGGAGGUGGUAUGGGAGGCUGCGGAGGCUGUGGAGGUUGCAGAGGCGGCGGAGGUUGUUGUGGAGGCUGCGGCGGCAUGGGCGGCUUUGGAGGCUGCGGUGGCGGGGGAGGUUGUUGUGGCGGUUGCGGAGGCUGCGGCGGCAUGGGAGGCUGUGGAGGCGGCUGCGGUCAGGGCUUCGGCGGAGGCGGCGGCUGCGGCGGCGGUUGCCCGGCGAAGGGCGGCGGGAAGGGCGGGAAGUCCCUGGCCGCUGCCGUCGAGCAGUUUGUCCAGGAGGCUGCCAUCGACGAGAAGGCCGCCGAGAUGCUGUGGGGUGCGUCGGACGAUGUCAAGAACGAGGUGCUCAACAGGGGCUCACUGGCGGACGCGCGGAACCCCUCCUCGGCGCUGGUUGGGCGCGUGAAGGAGGCCUCCCAGAUGUUCGAGAACAUGGCGCAGUCUGGUGAGAGCGCGGGCAGCGGCUGCCGCGGCGGGGGUGGCUGCGGCGGAGGUGGAUGCGGCGGCGGAUGCGGCGGCGGGUGCAGCGGCGGCUGCUGUGGCGGGUACGGCGGCGGCGGUGGAUUCGGCGGUGGAUGCGGCGGCGGUUGCGGCGGUGGGUAUGGCGGCGGAUGCGGCAGCAGAUGCGGCGGUGGGUUCGGCGGCGGGUGCGGCAGCGGAUGCGGCGCCGGGUACGGCGGCGGGUGCGGCAGCGGAUGCGGUGCCGGGUACGGCGGCGGGUGCGGCAGCGGAUGCGGCGCUGGGUACGGCGGCGCUGGGUACGGCGGCGGGUGCGGCAGCGGAUGCGGCGCCGGGUACGGCGGCGGGUGCGGCAGCGGAUGUGGCGGCGGGUAUGGCGGUGGGUACGGUGGCGGAUGUGGUAGUGGAUGUGGUGGCGGAUUCGGCGGCGGGGGCUGUGGCGGCGGCGGGUUCGGAGGUUGCGGGUGUGGCGGCGGGGGCUGUGGCGGCGGUUGCGGUGGCGAUGGGCUGGCCAUGGAGGUGCAGGCCUUCAUCGCCGAGAACGCGGUGGACGAGAGGGCCGCGACCGCGCUGAGGGAGUCGUCGGCUGCGAGCCAGAGGUACGUACUGGACCGCGGGAGCUUAUCUGCCACGCGCAACCCGUCCUCCGCGCUGCUGGGCCGACUGAAAGACGCCGCCUCAAUGGCGUAGGUGCGCCACCCGUCGGGUUCCGUCCGCUCCCUGCUCGCCGCUCGCCAGCCAGGUACCCUACUCCUCUUUGCCCUCGUCGUCGUCCCUUGUCUCCCUCCCUCGUCCUGCUCGUUGUCGCCUCUCACCCUCCUCGCCCAUCUUUG